CCCCUUUUGUCUCCUUUCUGCUCUACAGGUCCUGUGAUGGAAAGCUCACUGUGGCUGAAAAUACACGGGAACUAAGGCUGUAGAAGCACGCACAAUGAGUACCAAAAGCCUCUGGAAUAGCAGAAUCUAGGAAAAAAAAUCCCCCUAACUGCCAAUGACGAUCAUGAACUAAAAAAAGAAACUGACAUGUUGAGUUUUUACUUGAGCAAUGAGGUACGCAGUUCAUUGACAUUAUUAGUACCUUGAGGGCUGAGUGCAGAAUUCUGACUGACGGGCAGACAUAGAAAGACAUCCCUAGAUGCACUUCUGUAGAUAGCACUGGUUUCCAAUGCUACUGAGCUUGUGAGCAACCGAGUAUACGAGGUGGUUUCAUUCGUACCAUGAAUUCUAGAGACAGCGUAGAGGUCAUGGAGACCCAGGAGAAGCUGACCGACAAGAAAGCCACUCCAGGAAAGGAGUUUGAGGGCGACGAGGACAAGAUCCCAGAGGCGUACAACUGCAACAUCUGCGGGCGCACCUUCCCUUUCCUCAGCUCGCUCUCGCAGCAUAUGAGACGCCACACGGGCGCGCGCCCUUACAAAUGCCCCUACUGCGACCACAGGGCCUCUCAGAAGGGCAACCUUAAAGUCCACAUCCGCAGCCACAAACUGGGCACGCUGUCUAGCCACCACUCUGAAGACGAGGAGGGCGGGGCGGAGGAGGAGGAGAUGAAAGUCUCUGAGGGUCUCGACGGAGGUACCAGUCCGACCAAGAGCAGCUCUGCCUGUAACAAGAUGAUCAACGGGGACACCGGCGAGGAAAACCGGAGGAAAAUGCCGGCGCGGAGCAUGAAACGGGAAAAGUCUGUCAGCAACAAGCGGCCGUACUGCUGCCGCCUGUGUGGGUAUGAGGCGCUGCGGGAAGACCAGCUCCUGAGCCACAUUGAGAAAGUCCACAUAACAGCCGACACAGAGGAGGAGACAGUUCCGGUUAAGGAAGAGGUCGUAUCUGAGCCCGAUGCCAUCCAACCACAAAGCGACGGGACAUUCCCCUGCGAGACCUGCGGCCAGGUGUUCAGCCAGGCCUGGUUUCUGAAGUCGCACAUGAAGAAACACGCUGGAAUCCUUGACCACUGCUGCCGGAUAUGCGGGAGACGGUUCCGCGAAGCUUGGUUUCUCAAGUCCCACAUGAAAACCCACAACUCCAGAUCCAGGUCUCGCUCCAAAGCAGAGUCAGCGGAGCCUCCCGCCACUAUAAACGACGUAGCCCAGGAUCCUGACGUUGUGACGGCUUCUGUCGCAUCUGUUUAUCAGAUGUGCUCCAAAUGUGGGAACCUUUUCCCCAGCAAAGAGAGCCUGAGAGCCCACGAUAAAGUUCACAGUCCUAACUGUGGAAGAAAAUCCCCAAUCCACUGCAGGUCCACGGAUGAUGAGGACUCACCAGCUGCUAAGAGACGUUUCCUCGAAUACUUUAGCCUGCAGCGCAUUGAGGGGAAGAUGCUGGAUGAACCGGAGGACACUGAGAAAAGGACUCUUGGUCAAAGAAUUCCAGAGCUAGAUCCAGUUUGUAGCUACCAGGCUUGGCAAUUAGCAACUAAAGGAAGGGUUGUGGAGCCAGUUGAGCCAAGUUACAAAGCGCUGUAUGGAGGAGGAAGCAUGGAGGAUGAAGCGCUUACGGACGCCACGGUGGUUUACGAGAAGGAGAACAGCCGUUAUGUCCUGCAAGGCCAGGAGAAACGCAGCUCAGGGAGACGCAGCAGCUCAGGGUUGGGAAGCCACACAUCUUCGGGAGACAGGUCGCCAGAGAGCCUCAGCGACUCUGAGUACCGGCCCUCGAGUCGACAGGACAGACGCCGACCGUCCCAGUCACAAGCUUCUUCCUCCAAGGGCAAGGAGUGCUUUGAGUGUGGCAAGAUGUUCCGCAGCCGCCAUCAGAUGGUCGUCCACCAGCGGGUCCACAGAAAGGACGGAGGCAGGGCUCCAGCGGGAGACAAGGAAAGAACCACAAGAGAUGAGCAGUGGGGCCCCACCAGUGAACCAGAGUCCGGUUCCCCUAGCAGGCCCAGCACCCCAGGUUAUGGAGACUCUCCACCUGCGUCGACGCUUGGAGACCAGGCUUCCGAGAUGGGAACCUCCAACUCUGGAGAGAUCGCAGAUGAAAAGCCAUACAUCUGUAGCCUGUGUGACUUUGUCACCACAGAGUCACAGGCCUAUAUCGCUCACGUUCGUGUCCAACAUCCGGCUGCCUCCAAAGACAGACCCAGCCCCGUUCCCAGUCCGAGCUCCAGCUUAGACAGAGACUCCCUCGGCGACUAUCCCAAACUCAAGAAAGCUUUUAAUCCAGGGCUGAAAGCCUCUUCUGAUGCUUACCUCUCUGCUCGUCCCUCUCCAUCUGAUCCCACCAUGAUCCCCAUGGAUUUAUGUGUGAGAGCCAAGGGAAUCAGGGACAUGGCCUCUAUAACGUUAGAUAGGAAGAACCUCCCAAGCCAUAAGUGCUCCUUCUGCUCUCACUCCACUCGCUACCCAGAGGUUCUCUGGAUGCAUCAGACUGUGGCUCACCGCAUCAACAGCAGCAGCUCCAACCUGGCUCCUAAGUGGGCUCUGAAAAACAACUCCAAGAGCUCCAGGGACAGCUCCGCGUCCUUAAAGAGACGCACCGGACCUCCACCUGUCCUGGAGGGGAGGGAAUGUCAGCCGCUGCCUCCGCUGAUGCGGAGCCAUCGCACGCGGCCUCCGACCUGCUCCGCCGAGGUUCCAAAAAAGAGCCGGCAAGCCAGUCUGGCAGCCACGCCAUCGUCAUCAUCUUCCACACCUUGCACGCCAUCCAUGCGAAGCUCUUCAUCUGCAUCAGGCAACCAGGCUGGGAGAGUCCCAGCACGGCCAGCCAGCAGUGCCAGCAGCAGCGCCGUCAAACACGCGGAGGACCAGACUCAGCGGGUCAGACCUAAGGUGGACAUCUACCCUCGCGUCGGCGCUCAGACGUCUUCCGGCUCCUUGGAGAAGAACGCCGGCAGCCGCUCUCGGCCCCCUGCUCCAGGCCUCAGCUUCUCUGCAGGGUCCAGGAUGGCCGACCGAUACAUGAUGCCUCAGGAGGGUCUGGGCUUCGUGCUGUCCAACAAACACAGCUUGGCGGAGUACAACCGAGCCCGGGGCUCGCCCAAUCGGCCGCUCCCCAAUUCUCAAAGCCACAGUCGUCCGAACCCUUCAAGGCCCGGCGCCAUCAACCACUGCUUGCCCACGACGUACAGCUACGCCGUCUCCCAGACACAAGGAGCUGUGGCUCAGACCUCCUCCUCCUCCUCCUCCUCUUCUUCAGCCCCUUCAGAGAGCCGUAGGGAGGUGAAGCAGGAGCCCAGUGCAGAGACACCAGAGAUGCCAACUGAGGUCCUAGGCUUCCUCAAGAACUACAGCCCGCACGAGCUGGCUGCUCUCUACCACCGCUGGGGUGCAGCCAACACUCUGAUGGACCCGACAGGGAUGCUGAGGUCUCUGAUGCGGCAGGGGCAGUACUUCUGCCACGAGUGCGGGAAGAGCUUCAGUCAGCCGAGCCACCUGCGCACACACAUGAGGUCCCACACAGGGGAAAGGCCAUUCUGCUGCCAGCUCUGCCCAUACCGAGCCUCUCAGAAAGGGAACCUAAAGACGCACGUCCAGAGCGUCCACCACAUGCCUUUUGAUAACAGCCAGUAUCCCGACGCCAGAAGCUUGCCCCUGAGCCAGGAAGAGCGGAAAGCAGCGGCUGCCAAACACAUACCAAACCCACAAUGACGCCGACGACAGAUUUUACUGUGAUUAACGGACUGGCCUUGGGAUAGAUUGACUCAUGGUUGUGGAGGAAUGAAGGUUCUUUUGUUUUGUUUUUUUCCUUAAUGUUUUUUUCUCCUUUUGUGAAGAGGCCUGCCAAGAAAUGUUACAUUACGACAAGAGAAGGUGAAUCAGAAAAGACGCACUAGUGAAGACUGUUUGUGAGGAAAUGAAGACUGAAAAAUCAAAGUGUCUUCUCAGCAAGAAAGCUGGACUCACCAAAUGUAAUCUUGUGCGUCCUUUUGGUCGUCGUUGACAUGAAAGCUUGCAUCAGUUUAAGGAGUCCUGAGUUUUGUCGGCGUCUGAAUUUAGCUUUUCCUUUGGCUUUUGUGUUUGAGGUGUAAACUUGCCAAGUGCAGCCUUAAAGAAAAAUGUCAAGCAUCUAUUAGGAAGGAAAAGUCAACGCGUUUGGAGCUGGUUUAAUCAGAAAUGGUGGAAGUGCUUGACUACCACUGUUGCCCCUUUAAUUAACGCUUUCAGUUUUUGGCUUUGUUGUACAAGACGAUGGACCAAUCCACGGGAGAAGAGGACGGCCCUUCAGUUCAUCCGGAUUCUAAUUCAGAGGAGGACAAAUUGCAACUCGCUUCUCACAACUUCAUAGCUCAGUUCAGAGCUGCGGUGGGAGCACCGCUCUGAGGAUGCAAAGAUGAUGACUUGAAAGAGAGGGAUGGGACAAGAAAGAAAGAGAGAACGCUAAUGGUGAUGUGUGCUUAAGUGCUCAUUAAAGAAAAAAAAAGAUGUGUUUUUAACAGCCAAUAUAAAUGAGCAUCCCAUUUUUAUGGUCAUUCAGUUAAUGUCCGUUUAAAAGGAAGAGUUUUCCUCCAUAACCUGUUCAUAAAAGAUUUCUGGCGCUAAAUUAGACAGAUGCUUUAAUAUAGGAGUGGCAGGAAGUUGUUGGCUCCAGAUUUUAUUACAACGUGUACACUUGGAAAAAAAAACUUGGUACUAGUGGAAGAAAUAUCUCCAACAAGAUAACGUUAGACUUUUCCACAAAAAAACUAAUAAAAUAAUGGCCAUAAGCUACUUUUGCUGAGUUCAAAACAAUGUUAUUUAUUUUUUUAAUCUGAUGAUUACUGCCCUGAUCAGUUUGACGAAACACAGUGUUGGUUAACAUCUUGGCUAGCAGUCCAUUCUGACCUAUCCUAAUGGGAAAGUGCUUCUGGGAACAAAGUAUGAGCCAAUGUCAACGUUAAUAGCUCUGGCUACAUAUGCUAACUAAUAAACAAGAGGAAGGAGACCGAUCUCCAGCUGUUUGUAAAGCCAUCAGUAAACUUGGUAUUCAGCAACGUUCAAGCAAUCAGUGGGUUAAUAUUGUUAGUUAACAGGUGGUCAGGUUUCAGUUUAACUUAUUCAUUACUUGGUGCAUCUCUAGUUAGAAGCCAGGAUUGAUAUAUAUUUUUAAAAGCCACAAUAAUAUGGUCAUCUUAUGCUGUGCUGCAGAACUAUAAAUUUAUAUUGCAGAGGGAGUUUUAAACAACACGUAAAAUUAUCAUUCAAACAUAAAUCAGCUGCACCUUUUCCCAUGUUAUUUUUAGCCGGGUCUCAUUUGUAAAAUAUUGGAAAACUUUUUUUUUUGUUAGGUAUGGAAAAACAUGAGAAAUGAGCACUUAUAAAAGCAUGCCAAUCCAUGACCAGGUACUGAAUAUUUGAACAGAAAGCCGAACAGACCUCUUCAAUGCUGUCAGUCCAGGUCUGUGAAUGAUGACACGUAGAUGUGCAUUCUGAGGGCACCGCUGAUAGGUCAGUGUAGAGAGCGGCCAGGGGUCAGGAGGUCACAUUUCCAGGGACUGUGGGGAUAAACACAACGCUUAUUUCCUUUGAGUCAUAGAGCUGUCACAGCCUUAACAAAGGUUGGUGUGAGAUUAGAUUUUUACCUUUCCAGACUUUUUUUUUUUUUUUUAACCUCUGUAUAGACGUUCUUUGUACUAUCCUACCUCCUUUGCAGUGAAAGCCUGUUAAGGUUUAUUGAAAUGAAACUGAACUAAUAGCUUUGCUUGCUUUUUCAUCCUUAAAAACAAAAAAAAAACCCCACAUGAUUCAGGCAUGGCUGGAUGAAAUGUUGACGACAAAACGAGGAAAAGUCAAAGCGAAAGCAGCUCCAGACUUUAAGGGCCGAUCCGUCAACCUCCUGGACUUAAUCUUCCAAACUGUAAAGCUUACGGAGGAGUGUUGUACUCUUUUUUUUUUUUUUUUUUUUUUUUUACAUGCUUGUAGGUCGUUUUUAGCAAUGCAUACAAUGCCAUGUGCUUGAAUUUGCCUAAUUUAUACACACGUGUGUGUGUGAGUGCGUGUGUGUGUGUAUUUGUGUGUGUGUGCGCGUGUGUAUGUGCGUGUGUGUGUAUUUGUGGAAGGUGUGGGUAGUUAAAAUACUUGAAAUGGAUCUUCUAGCCUUUGGGGUAGUAUAGUACUAAUACCAAUGUUGUACAGAAUUCCCUUUAUGAUUAACCCCUCAGAGUUUGUACUCCAAAGUGUGACUUAGAAAACUGUAAAGCAGGAAUGAGUGUGCGUAAAAAAACACAAAGUGUAUAUCUGUAACCCACUUUACCAAACCCUUUAUAAGCAGCAGUAGAAACCAAAUGGCAUUACUAGUGCACUUAGACUAAGUUAGCGCUUUAACCUGAUUCAUUUUGUUUCUCCUCUUCUAGCGAAGGUUUCUUUGAGAAUGUCUCUUUUUGUUGGUGCCGGCUUAUGAAUUCACCGUCAUUAUUGGUAGAGAUGCUUUUUUUUUUUUUUUUGGUUUUCUUAGAAUGAUUCCAAAUAUUCCAAUGAUUUAAAAAAAAAAAUAAGAAAAAAGAAAGAUUACUCAUGUGAGAGCAGUACAGCACAGCUUUUUUUAGUGCAUUCACUUGAUGAAAAGUUGGAUAAUGCUAGCUGUUGUCUGAAUUGUUAUUAUUUUAGAGCUUCUUUUCUCUAACUGUAGGAUCUGUUCAGUAGCUAGUCAAAGCAGACAUCCCAGAGAGACUGGCAGGUGUUUUUCUUUGUUGUUUUUUAUGCCUAUUAUACUGUAUUAUUUCUGUCUGUAUUGCUGUUUUUUUUUUUAUUUGUUUUGGUCUAGGAUUGAUUUACCCUAGAAAAAAUUAUUAUUCCAAAAGUACUUGGUUGAGAUCUGUAUUUAUUAUCACUUCUAAAAAAGGAUGAGUGGACAGCAGCAAGACAGGAGGAUUCAUUUUCAUUGGAUUUUUCCGGGUUGUUUUUUUUUUCUACUGUGUAGUUUUUUUUGUUUUGUUUUAUUUUUCAAGCCAGCAAGCCCUCUUGAAAGCUCUACCUCGUCUGAGCCAUUCUCAGUUCUGUUACACUUUUGUACAUCAUUUCAGAAAGACAUUUCAGAAAGAUGUUACGUCAUGUCUACAAUAAAAAUCAAUACACAAAAACGCA